AGUACGUGUAACUUUAGCGGUACAUGUAGCAUAAAUUCAUGAGUACAUGCAUGCGUGUCACAUUACCAUACAGGUUGUUUUUACAUAUAGGUGUUCUGCUAAAUAAACCCAAGCAUACACAAUGUUUUAUGUUAGAGAAGUACAUGUAGGCUUAUGUGUAUGUAUAAAUUACCCAUCACUGUAGGACCUAACACUGACCUUGUUCCAAAUUUAACUGAUACAUGUAUAUGGUACAUGAGUGAUAUGUAUUUGUACAUUAUUGAAUACCAAGGCGCCCAUUCAAUUCAUAGACUGUGAACUGCUUACAUGCUCAAUGUAGGUGUGCAUCUCUGAAAUUGGGGCGUUUGUCGUCACAGAGGGGCCUGGAUAGAACAUGUCUGAACAUGUAAGAUUUAAACAGUAAGCUUAAAUAAAACCUGCUUUCUGCCCGGACACCUUUACAGUACCUGAGGGCCGCCUGGGUUGAUGAGCUUCGAAUUUUACCUUCAUGGUCGCUGAUCGUCUAUAGAAUUGUACCCAAAGAUACCGUUAAAUUUUGUUUCUCUGAAACUUGAGAUUAGGUGUCAAGUUCCAGUUCCCUGUUAUUUAUUUGUUAUUUUUGUUGUCUGGUAUUACUGCUCAUUAAUUCCAGCGGUCCAGAGAAGAAUGCCAGCCCAGGGAUCUGUAAACCUCAGCCUCAACAUUCAAAACCCUGGGAUAGAUAUGGAAUACCUAUGUCAUCACACCAAAAGAAUUCCACACCAAGAGGGUCUAACAGUGACAAUGGUUCCACUGACAAGCCAAGUUGGCGAUAGAGUUGAUGUCCAGCCCAAAGCAUUGUCAGUUCCAAAGAAUGUUCACACAAAGAUGUCACUGUACAACCAUGCUACAGCUGUAAUCACAUGAUGGAAUGGAAUUACAGGUAUAAAGGUGAUAAGGUGAGGGCGCGUCAGUGGAGUAGCCGUGCAUGAGAUGCAGGCUUUUCAUUCACAAACCACUCGUCGCUUACGGUGUGGAGGGAGGAGUUACGAGCGACGCGUCACACGUCGGCCCCUUUGAUCAGCGGUCACGUGAUCUGUAAGGAAAACAGAAGGCCUAGUGCUGAGAGAAGAUGUGGGAAGACUAAGGUGCUGUGACAUAGCUGAGAAUAAGAAGACAUGACGUAAUGGCAAAGCUUACACAUGUGCUUCUGUUACUUGGAACAUUGGUGUGUAUUCAGUCUGGAUUCGGACGGAGAAUUAACCCCAGCAAACUAAAAGCACCUGUGUUUCACCAAAAGGUGGAAUCUCCUGUGUAUGCCAUAGAGAGUGCAGAGGCAAAGCUACGGUGUAAAGUUAAAGGGGAGCCAAAGCCAUUCCUCCUGUGGUACAGAAAUGGUCAGCUUAUCAAGCCAAACAAGAGGUUCCAGGUAGUACGGUACACACUGGUCAUCAAUAACAUCACUGUCAAUGACAGUGGGGAGUAUGCCUGUCAUGCCUUCAAUGAACAUGGGAAUAUCUGGGGCAAUUUUACUGUCCUAGUCACAACAGCAGAAGAUGAUGCGGAGUAUGAAGAGUACAAUGCUGCUGAAAUCAAACCAAACAUUGUCAGCAAACCAGGGGCACCAGUGUUCACAAACAAUAAGCCAAUGAGACAUCUGGUGGUGGUGCCUGCAGCACGCAGUGUCAGAUUAAAAUGUCCUGCAGCAGCAUCCCGAAGCCUAAUAUCACAUGGUGGAAAGGCAAUGUACCAUUUGUCAAGAGAGUCUUUGGUCAGGUCUGGCAUCUCUCAAGUGACCUGGUCAUUUCAAGUGAUAAUUGGCAGUACCCCCAGUUUAGUCACCCCACCCCCCCCCCAUGGUGUGUUUGAUCUCACCUUGUACUCAUCCAAGCCAGACUACGAAUUGAAGAUUAAGAAGUGGCAGCUUAUUUUACCGGAUGUGAUCCCAGAAGAUAAUGGAAACUACACAUGUGUGGUACAGAACAUACAUGGCAGGAUUCAGCACUCCUUUACUGUGGAGGUCAUCCCGAGGCUUCCAACUGCUCCUAUACUGGAAGGACCUCGGAACCAGACUGUAUAUGUGGGUGAGAUGGCGCUGUUUGAGUGCCAUGUGACAAGCGAUCCUCAACCACAUCUACAGUGGGUCAAACAUUACCAGGUGAACGGCUCGUAUAAGGCGGAGGAUGGAAAACCAUACAUCAAAGUUUUGCAGCAAUCCAGCAUGAACAACACUUCACCGGAAGCUGUGCUCAUUGAGAAUGUGACACUCAGCGAUGCUGGUUGGUACACCUGUCUGGCCACCAACUACAUAGGUGUAUCAUACAAGAGUGCCUGGCUUACUGUCCUGCCUCGUGAACCUGAGCCACCAGUGGUCCCAAAGGAGAAGACUGUAAACCUCAUGUACGUGUAUAUUAUUGUGGGUGGAGUUGUUUUCCUGAUGAUCUUCUGUGUUGUUGUCGUCGUGCUCAAAGUGAGGUUCUGCAAUGGUGUUUUUGAUCCUUCAAAGCACUCGGUUCGUAAGAAAGUCAUCAUACAGUGGCAGCCGAACCUGAUUUACUAUGAUGAGAAGAUGGACCCCUCUAAGCAGCCCCUGAUGGCUCCAGUAGUGAGGAUAGAGUCUCAUCUACAAAGAGGAAGACCCAGGUUCCCGUCCAAUGUUAGCACCAUGUCUGAGUACGAUAUCCCACUGGAUGAAAAGUGGGAGGUCGACAAGGAAAAUAUUACGCUUGGCAAACCUCUUGGAGAGGGAGCAUUUGGGGUGGUGAUGCAAGGAGAGGCCCGUUGUUUGCCUAACAAGCAAGGCAUCACAACAGUGGCUGUCAAGAUGUUGAAAGAGGAUGCAACAGACCAUGAAAUGAUGGACCUUGUGGCAGAAAUGGAGGUGAUGAAGCUGAUAGGCAGCCAUAAGAAUAUCAUCAAUCUGCUGGGAUGCUGCAGUCAGUCCGGACCUCUGUUUGUUUUGGUUGAAUUUGCACCCCACGGAAAUCUGAGAGACUUUUUGAGAAGUCGCAGACCACCCAAUUCUGGAUAUGAACAACCCCUUGCCAGUUUUGACCCUCCCAAACACAAACCCUUGACACUGAAGGAUUUAAUUUGUUUUUCUUAUCAAGUUGCAAGAGGAAUGAAAUAUUUGUCUGACAAACAUUGUAUACACAGAGAUUUGGCAGCACGAAAUGUUCUAGUUGCUGAGGAUUAUGUGCUGAAGAUAGCAGAUUUUGGCCUUACAAGAAAUGUUCAACAUGUGGAUUACUACAGAAAGAAAAGUGAUGGGAGGUUACCUGUGAAGUGGAUGGCCCCGGAGGCACUGUUUGACAGGAAGUACACCACAAAGAGUGAUGUGUGGUCGUAUGGGGUAUUGUUAUGGGAGAUUUUCACCCUGGGUGGUAACCCUUACCCCUCUGUUCCCGUGGAGAAGCUGUUCGAGCUGCUGAGAGAAGGUCACCGCAUGGAGAAACCACCCUACUCCUCACCCGAGAUGUAUAACAUCAUGCAAAAGUGUUGGGAACAGUGCCCUACGGCCAGACCAAGCUUUGAGGCACUGGUCCAGGAGUCGGACAAAAUCCUCAUGUCGUCCUUAAGAGAGGAGUACCUGGAUUUGGAGCCUCUAGAAAGUCCCACAAGCACAACGUCAGCAGACAGUAAUUAUUCUUCCUUAUCCCAAGACACGUCUUCAGACAGUGGGGAUGGGAGCUUGUCAGAUGUAUAGCACAGUUUGCUGACAGAGACUGUAUAACUGUAAAGGUGGCCUUGGCAAACAACAUUUAAAGUGACUGUUGGGUGAUCUUGCUAUGCCUUGGCCCCUCACCUAUAACAUUGGUGCAUUUGUUGUUGUUGUUGUGAACACAAUUGGUCCCUUCUGUGUUUUCAAUUGCCAGGCAAGACAUGAUGUGCUGAUCCGUAGGACAAGACUUGUACCCUACAUUAAAAGAUUGUGCUUUCCAUGUCGUCUUGCAUAAAGUACUAAGGUACAAGCUAUGGAUAUCAAGUAUUCUGUACUCUAUGGAGGGCUCAUCCAGAUUUCCAUGUGCAUCCACCAUGAAAGGAUGGCAAGUAGAAGGAUAUUCUUGAAGGAUUCUGUGUUGUACCUAGGUGUAGAAUUUAUGCCAAGUGCCUGAAAGAUAUACAAGAUGGUCAUAGUGCUGCCAGUCAUUGGAGUAUGGCCAAGAUAUUGGAAGUUUUCCAAUAUAUUGGUGGCAGUAGUGUGACAAACAAUUUUAGUCAAACGAUAAAAGAGUUGUGCUAUCCCAGACUUUGUCCUCCUCAGUGGAAAGGUAACUAUUAAUUAAGUAACAGUGACAAACUCUUCCUAUGUGUUCUGACAGGACAACUGGGGAAUACAUAUAGAACUUGUCUGUACCUUUUGUAUCAUGCACACUAUUAUUUGUAAUAUUUUAUUCAGUAUGUGUGUCCUGUGAGACCACAGCCAUAAACCAACCCGAACUGAUAGGCGUGCCUUUGCAGUGACAUUGGUUACUGCCAGUAUAUUACUGUGGGUUUCUUUGGCAACAUAAAUGUACCACUUCACUGAUGCCAGGUUCUUGUCUUGGUAUAUGUUGCUACCAUGGGUAGUAUUGGAAGUGUGACUGUUGAUUCUUGGCUUACAGUAUUGCUGUGGGCUUGUCCGGUAACGAUUACGUCAUAGGCAAUAUUGGACUAUAUAUCUGGGGCACUGUUCCCUGGCAGUAUUGCAGUGUGCUUGUGUUAGACAAAGUGUCUAGGUAAUAUUGUGGUGUUUUGUACCAAUUGGACCAUGUACUACAGCAGUAUUGCGAUGACUGACCGAAAUCUGACAUUGACAUAUACUCUGUUUAUUAUGCAAGAAUAUGUUGUUUGUAUAUAAAAGUUGACUCGCCAUACCACACAUUGUUACUACACCUGUCAGGUCCUGAAAAUAGUGGAAGGAAAUGUAAACUUGACCUUUGAUAAAUGCAUUAAUGUGAAUGUGCAUCCACUCCUCCAAGUAUAGGGUUUAGGAAACCACAUCACCAGCUGAAAUUCACUCUGGAAAUAUAAUUUAACAAUUUCUAAGUAAAUUAAGUACCUUUUUUUCUAAGUUUUUUCUCGAAAUUUUAUUCACCAUAUUAGUAUCAUUUUUUGUUUUAAUUAUCAGUUUUAAAAGCAUUAAAGUGGAUGGUUUUGGUGGGGUCUGAAUUACUUUUGCUUGAACACAAAUAUUUUAUUUAAAGAGAAACAUAUCUGUCAGUGAUUAUUUUUUAGGCUAAGUCACACGUUGCUUUGAGUUUAUUUGCAAUUUCCACUACUUUUAAUAGACACACUGAUCUGGAAGUUUGGAUUGCAGAGUACAUGGCCUGGAUACGCCCACAUUUCACUGUACUAUACACGGAUGUUAUAUCUGUAUACUGCCAUUUACAAAUGUACAAGGCACAUCAAAAUAUAUAUCUAUACAUAUAUAUAUAUAUAUAUGGUUAUUAUUGUUUGUUGAUCUUUGAUUGUUAAUGUUAACUUGUAAAUGCCCUGUGAUGUCAUUAUCCCCAAUGUUUUGAGGGUUUUUGUUUUUGUCUCUUCUCUGGUAAUCAUUGAACAACCCAUAUUGCUUGCAGCAUUCUAGGAAGAAGUCUGUUCAUAUGUAUU